UAACGAAGGGCAAGAUAUUCAGGUUUUUAUUGCCAUUGGGUUACAGCGAGUAAGAGAGCUCGGCACUAGUGAGUAGCGAUAUUUUGAAUUUCAAUGUAUCAGCGACGUUAUAUAUUUAACCGCCGUGAAACUGAAUAAGUACAUAGCGAGAUAUCGACCUGAGUUGAUCAAGGAAAUAUAGCAUACAAGGAAACAGUCUAGUCUGUAAACAAUAUUCAUUGCCAAUAUGAAGCCGAAAUCUACAACCAACUCAGCCAAAGAUGUGAAGUUAAAUACGGUUGAAACGAAAAGCAAAUCCGAAGGUGAUCAUGAAUGCGGUAGAAUGGACUACAUCGGGGUUAAUAUGGCAUAUAUUUAUAUUCGUGGCAAGUUAAUGUUCACAAUGAGCGAAGUGGCAAGGAAUUUGUACCCAGAGUGGCCUCGAACGACGUUGAAUGAUCGAGUUAAGCAACUGAAAAUGCAAUGGUAUACAUGUACUGCGAAGGAAAUAGAGAAAGUCCUUUCCGUGAAAGGUAUUGUGAAAUUAGGCGUUCAUUGUACACUCAUUUCUAAGGAAGAUCUCGACAUGUUUAGUAGUGUGUAUAAAGUAGGAUCUCCGGUCGGGAAACCAGUUAAACUAAGCGAAAUAAAGCAGGCUGGGAAGCGAAUUUCAGCGGGUAGUAGAAGCCAGCGUACUGCUAAGGCAUUUGUGCAUUCAAAGACAAACUCCAUGCCUCGCAGUAAUAACAGUCAACAAAGUCAGGCCAAUAAUGGGAACAAAGGCAAAACGCGUGUUAUUGUUAAAAACAUUAAGCUUGACAACGGCAAGGUACUCGAGGGACAUGCGGUCGAUGAAAUAAAUAAAGCCAUUGGUAAACAGUCACACGUGUUUAUUAAGCCAGGUCGAGGGCGAGCUAGAGGCAAACAAUUGAACAAAAUACAAACGAAAGGCAUUGGGAGACCGAAAAAGCGAAAACUUUCAGCCGUGGGCGUAGAUUUAAAGGCUAAACGUCAAAAUGAAAGCUACAAAUAUAUUCCGACGAAACGACACCGUAAAAUGCGCGAAACAAGUUCACCAGACAGCGAUUCUUUCAGCUACGACAGCGGAAUUUCGUCACUGCAACUUGACGCCCCAACACCGCCAAAACCUGGCCGUAAACCAGGAAGACCAAAGAGCCAAAAACAGUUAAAGAUGAACGAAGUGAAAAGGAAAUACAAUAAUAUGAAAGCUAAAAAGGUAAAACAGACAAGUAAAGAUACAGUGAUUGGAAACAAAAGGAAGGGUGAAAUGACAAAAAGAGGAAGAAAGAGCAAGAAGGGUGAAGGAAUAAAAAAGAGAAAAAUGGACAAAAACAGUUGCCCAAAUACUAUAACCAAAGAUCUUAUUAUGAAAAUGGAUUUAAAACAUAUGAAUGACAAGGAUUUGAUCAAUUCAUUAUCACCACUGUCCUCACCAUUGAGUGCUAACCCCACACCCAGUGAUGACCAACCUUACCUUGUUAAAUUAAUGCCAGUGAAACCAGUUUGGCGAGUAAAUUCUAAUUUUAAGUUCAUUUCCAACUUCCAGUUGCCACCAUCUCUUGUUGUUCAGGACGGCCAGCUUAGUCCAGCAUGCAGCAUGAUUUGUAGCCCGGGGAAGAAACCACCAUCUGCACAUCCCAUUUGGAAGUGGAAAGUUGGAGAACGAGUCAUUAGCAAUAAAACUGUUAUCAGUUAUCGCAUGAAAAAGGUUAAAUGUACUUAGGUUUAAGAAAAUUCUUGACUAUAUUUUAGGCAACUGGCAAAGUUAGAAGAUCUUUCAUUAACUUAUUAACAGAGCCAGUUUUCAUCUCUAGCUACUGUUUAUGAAUCUGUUUAUGAUAUUUCACCACAUACUGUACAUAUGUUGUUAUCCUUAGACUGUUAACAUUUGAACUUAUAAAUCAUGUUUUGUUAUUUUAUUCUUUAAACUACGUCAGUUAAUACAACUUUAUAUAUUUCUAAGUUAUUUUUGUCAUAUACAAAAACGAGCCUACAAAAAUCACUAAAUUGUUACAAAAACACCAUUCUCUAUUACAAAAAAAAACAUUGUUCUCUAUUACAAACACAAAAAUAACAGUUAUUUUAUCUGCAAUUUUUAGAAGCGUGUGUUCGUUUACGCAGGAUCAUUAUUGCGCGCAUCACUCGGAAAUUUGCGCGGAUUAUCCCCCC